AUGGUGGGAUUCGGAGGAACAAACGAAAAAUGUGCAGUUUGUGAAAAGACUGUAUACCUAGUUGAUCGGCUAGUUGCUGAUCAUCGGACUUAUCACAAAGCUUGCUUCCGAUGCCAUCAUUGCAACCGUACCCUCAAGCUUAGCAACUACAAUUCCUUCGACGGAGUGGUUUACUGCAGGCCACACUUUGAUCAGCUCUUCAAGAGAACUGGCAGCUUGGAAAAAAGUUUCGAAGGAACACCAAAGUUCAAGGUAGAAAAGCCUGUUAACGCCGAGAAUGCAAGCAAAGUGUCGAGUAUGUUCGGGGGCACACAAGACAAAUGUAUCGGGUGUGGCAAGACCGUUUAUCCUAUCGAACGGGUUAAGGUGGAUGGAGCUGCAUACCACAGAAGCUGUUUCAAGUGCUGCCAUGGAGGGUGCACCAUAAGCCCAUCAAAUUACAUUGCUCAUGAAGGGAAGCUGUAUUGCAAGCACCAUCAUAUCCAACUCUUCAGGAAGAAAGGAAACUACAGCCAGCUUGAAGACGACGAAGCUCCUGAAUCAUCAUCAGCAUCAUAAAUUGAUAUGAAUUCAAAUAAAAGAAAGCAUUGUGUAGCUCCAUCCAUCUACUGAUUAUAAAAUAUAUGAAUGAGCAAUUGAUUGAGUAAUUGAAGGA